UGUUAGCAUCUUUCCUUCUUGCACCAUAAAUAUCUUCCCCUCCAGCGACUGUGGCUUAAUUUUAGGACUGCAUGUAGAGUAGACCAGCUAUUCUCCUGACCGGUGUGGAAGCCUGCCCUAUCCUGGCUUGAACACUGAUCAAAAGUGCGUGGUUUUAUUAUUGUUCCUUUUAUUUUAUUAUUAUUUAAUCAAACUUAGAAGUUAGUGGGAAAAUGUCUAGCCACAGUGACCAGGAGUCCUAUACAGAUGAUAUCGACGAGGAUGAGAUCUUAGCCAACCUCUCUCCGGAGGAGCUAAAACAGCUCCAGAAUGAGAUGGACGUUAUUGCACCGGACGAAAUGGUACCAGUAGGGCAGCGACAAAAAGACCAGACUGAGAAGCUUCCAACGGGGUCUUUCGACCACAGGUCUCUGGUGGACUACCUCUACUGGGAGAAGGAGUCAAAGCGCAUGCUGGAAGAGGAGAGAGUCCCUGUCACUCUGCUUCCCAGUGAGAAAACUAUAGCAGAAUGCACUGAGGAUGAUGACCAGAAGGAAUAUGAUGCGAAUGAGGAAUAUGUGCGUGAAACAGCAGAAGAGAAAACUGAAGAACUAGAGAAAAGGCAAGAUGAGCUAACAAAACGGGAUGACAACAAUUCCCCAGAAUUGCCACCAAAGAGUGAAGAAAACCUGUCUUCUGACACAGACAUCCUACUUCCACCUUCAGAGGUUGCAGAUGCACAGGGAAAUGAGGAUGAGAUCUCAGGACCAAAGGGGAGUGAUUCAGAACAACCCAGUGACCCCCAGCCGUGUCUCCUUCAAACAGACCCAAUAUCUACGGCUACCGAUGCAGCUGCUGAAGAACCAAAACCAGAUGAUCCUAAAGUAAAGGAAGAGAAGAAAAUAUCCAAACUAAAUAUUCCAAAUAAACUUGCUCUGGGAGGCAACUUCAUCAAACUGACAGCAAGGCCUUCUGGAAAUGAAACUAACCUAGAAAGCACCCUGGACAAAAUCCGCAAGAAUGACCCUGACAUCAAAGAAGUCAACCUGAACAACAUUGAAAACAUUCCCAAAGAUAUGCUCGGGGACUACGUCAAUGCCCUGAAGAAGAACAAACAUGUGACGACCUUCAGUAUUGCCAACACCGGUGUUGAUGAGAGCAUUGCCUACCUGUUGGCUAAUAUGCUGCGGGAAAACCGAAGCAUUACCACACUGAACAUUGAGUCCAAUUUCAUAACGGGAAAGGGCAUCAUUGCUAUCAUGCGUUGCCUGCAGUUCAAUGAGACACUGACCGAGCUACGCUUCCACAACCAGCGCCACAUGCUGGGACACCAUGCUGAGAUGGAGGUGUCCCGCUUGUUGAAGGCUAACCACACCCUGCUGAAGUUGGGGUACCACUUUGAGCUGCCAGGGCCUCGCAUGGUAGUGACAAACCUGCUGACGAGAAACCUCGAUCGCCAGCGGCAGAAAAGGCAGGAGGAGCAGAGACUGCAACAAGUGAAGGAGCAGAGGCAGCUUAUGGAGAUGUACGAGAACUCCCUCAACUUGCCACCGGGCCUGUUGGAGAUGCUGGGAGGCUGUUUACCCCCUAUGGAACUUGGACCCUUACCUCCACAGGAGGAAACCCCAAAUCGGCCUGUGGUGGCUGCCCCACAGGGUCAAUGCCAACAGAAGUCUCACCAGUCUUCAAGUCCCAAUUCCAGCAAUCCUCUGAAGGACGUGCAGCUUAAAAAGACCCCCAAACGACGAGACCCCCUACUAGAGCUCAACUUCAGAGAAGAGAGAAGGGAUGAACGACCAAAUGUCCAGCUUCGGAAGACACCGCGGCAUAAGGACGCGAGUGAUGAAGCUGAUGGGGAUGAGAGAGCCAACCUUAAAGAUGUGAUAAAGACUCUGAAACCUGUCUCACGUCGACGACAGCCUCCCAAGGUCGAGCUGACCCCCCGCGAUCUACUCCUGACUGAAAUACGGCAGAGCAACGUAGCCUAUCUCAAAUCGGUGCCCCUCCCCAAAGUACUUGAAUCAAGUGAAACCAGCCUUUUCUGAAGGACGUAUACACAGAACAUAUGUAUGCGGGACAAGCAGCUGCUGAGGAGCCUCUGUGUGUGCAUGAACACCACAGUCACCUCUGGAAAACUUGCAGGUUUCUCAGCACAUGAAAGCCAUUCAAGAGUGUACGGCUGGCAGAUCACACGCUGAAAAUGUUUUAAAUUGCAGGACAAAACUCAAAGAAUUUCCACGCCGACCUGUGUGUGUGUGUGUGUAGAGUUGGCAUGUUCUCCACAUGCUUUCAUAGGGUUUGUCCUGUAGCCCUAAACAGGCAGUUAGGCAUCUUUAGAUUGCCCAUAAUGUGUGAGAGUGUGUGCUGCGAUGGGGGGGGGGCAUCAUGUCCCGGGGGUUUCCUGCCUUGUGGCCUGCAAAAGACUCUAAGGCCACCGAACUUUAUUCUGGAUACAUGGGUAUGGAGGAUGAAUGUAAGAAAUGCUUUGUUAAAUUAUAUGAGAAUCAAUCCA